UAUUUUUUUUUUUUUUUUUUUUUUUUUAAAUAAAUAUAAUUGCUGUGUAAAUGUAUCGCAUGCACUAUUAAAAAAGGAACAGAAUACUAUAAAUGCCAGCCAAUUCUUCAAGUACUCGACUUAAUGCAACUAUUAUUAAUAUACAUUCACCUACUGAUGAAGAACAUUCAAUUCAUGAUGCAGAUACUUUUCCUCGAUCUUCAAAUGCAUCAAGGCAACAGCAAGCAUCUAUACAGCCUUCGCCAAAAGUAGAAGAAUACCGAAAAAUAAUACAGCAUAUUAUUGGAAAAAUUUUAAAACGAAAAAAACCUCCUACAGCUUUAUUUCAUUUAAGUGAGGUAUGCAGGACAUCUCACGUUUCAGAUCAAUUUGAAAAUGACGAUACUAUUGAUCUGCUAAUUCAACUAAGGUCUGCUUUGAUGGUCUGUCACCAAGCGGGUCUUAGUAAACAAGUAUUAAUACAAGGGGAAUAUUCACCAACUGCUACACCAAUAUCUUCCAAAUCAAACUCGCCUGCUCUUUCACCACGAUUAGGAAGCUCAUCUCGCUCAGCUGAAGCUGCUAUACAAAUAUCACCCAAUAUGCUAUCUAAAAAUAAAAAAAAAUCAGGAUUUGAAACUAUACUACAUGUAUUAAAUGAUAUAGUACUCAAUGACUGUCGCUUCAAAACCGCUAAUCCCAAACCAUCUCGGCCACCUUAUACUAUGCAAGCAAUUUUAAUCGAUAUAGCCUUAAUACUCGUUCAAAUUAGAGAUGAUUCUGCUGGAUUAUAUCAUAUUGGAACACUAUUUUUACCUGCCUUUGAAUCAUUUUCUGAUGGUCAAAUGCUUGGUAGAUUACUGUCAUUUUUCUUGGAUAGUUUAUUACCAAAACUUAUGAAAUGCAAAGAUGACUCAAAAACAUACACACAUAGUUCUCAGAAGCAUCCUGAUGACAGCUCUAUCAAACAUACAUAUACAAAAUCACAAAACAAUGUCAACACACCUACUAUUAACAUUCAAAGACCUGAACAAGAGCAAAAAGUCAAUACUUCAAUUAAAAUAUCACAUUUAACAAUUGAUACACGUCUUCAUUCUAUCGACACAAUGGGAUCUUCACCUUUUUCACCCGCUGCUCAUAGUUCAGUUAAUAGUGUUAUAAAUAAUCAAUCUAUUGAUUCUUAUCAUGCAUAUGCACUGUUUACUCCGCUUUUGUACUUUAUGAUUCAAUACUUGGAUCCAUAUUUAGCAGCACAAUCCAAUAACUCUCAACAAGAUAACCUGAAUUAUACCUUAACACGUCAAGCAAACUCGAUUCACAAUUUUUAUCGUGCACUUUCUUAUAUGAUAAGCUGUAAACCUGAUCUUUAUCUUGAUAUACUAGAUAUUAUUUCAAACAGUACAUUUGAGGUGAAAUUUCGUGCAUGUCAAAUAUUAUUUUAUUAUUAUUGCACUAGUAUGGGUCAUAUUGUUGUUGCUGAUCCUUUACCUCCCUUGGGGACACAAGAAGAAUUAGAAAUAUUAGAUCAAUAUCGAGAACAGCAAGAAUUUGAGGAACAACAUCAAAACAAUGCACAAUUUAAUCAGCAUAGUUAUCGAAUUUAUAAUAACCAUCGACCUCAAUUGACAAGACAAUUGACAGGCACAGAUUCAUUAGAAGAAAAUAUAAUUGAAGAUCACCACAUAUGGUUCCCCCAUAUAUUUGACCAAACACAACAAAAGCAAUCACAAUCCUUUGAAAUAGCUGAUAACUAUUUUCACGCCAAUGCUAAUCAGAGUACAUUUCCCCUGACAGUCUAUGAUGAUAUGAAUGAAUCAUUUUGUAAAGAAUGUUUUAAAACCAUAAAAGGGUUUGGAUUACGAUGCUAUCAAUGUAAAGGAAGUAUACAUUACAACUGUUAUAAUGGAGUAAUUGAUAUGAAAGAGGAAGCUAUCAUGUUUUAUGUUAAAGCAGGAGGUAUUCAAAAAGUAGUGACACCUCAAUUCUGUAAUAUACCACCCCAACUACGUUUUCGUGACUUGGUUAAUCGCGGGAUCCGUAGUUGGACUGUAAGAUCGAAUGCAUCAAAAGUUGGGCUUUUAGGUCAUAUAUUUCAAUUAGUCAAUCUUUAUACGCUAGUAAUAUGUGUUUGUUGUGGAUUACCUCUAUGGGGUAUCUCUCAUCAAGGCUAUCGAUGUACAGAAUGCAAUCGAUUUAUUCAUAUUCAUUGCCUUGCUGAGGCCGAAGAAAAAAACGAAUUUUUAAAACCAAAUUCUUCAAAGAACUCUACACUUCAUUCUUUUCAAACUUGUAUACCAUUCCAACCAUUAUUAGAAAGUGAUAUGAAGAUAUCCCAAGCUAAUCUUUCAAAAAAUUUUAUAGAGUUCUAUGAAGAUGCAGUCCCUACAAAUGCUAAUUCGUUAGAAAACCAUAGCUUUGAAGAAGUAAGCACCAUAUUAAAUAUUUUAUUAUUGCAAGAACAAAUUUUACAUUAUGGUAUAGCAACUGGAUGCGUUCUUGUAACACGCGAAUUAGAUGAUCCGUUGUUAUUGGUGCCUGAUAUGUCAAAGGAUAUAUCAGAAAAUGCAAAUGAUAAUCAACUUUCAUAUUGUCCUCCUUUGACAGAUGCUAUUAAACUCUGUCUUGAUGAACUCAAAUUAAAAAAAUCUCGUAGCUCUACUUUUCUUAAAGAUUACUAUGGUGACCGACUUCAAAACAUAGACAACUGUCUAUUAAGCAAAGAAGGAUUUCUUAGCCACCUUAGUGCAAUGAUGAAAUGCUUAACAACAUCGUUUCCUAGUAACAACAAUCUUUCACCUACAGCUAUGCUUAAUACUACUUUCCCUGUUUCUGCUUCAGCAGAAAAAAGAAAAACGGCAGGCGACUCGCGUGGCUUUUUGCAAGUUACGUCAAGCCCAUUAAUGUCAAUAUGGGAUGAUGAAUAUGACGAUUUUAGUGAAAGAAAUAUACCUAAUGAAUACCUUGACAGAUCUAUUCUAUUAUCAUGGAUGAUGACUAACCUUAAUUUUAAGAGUCGAAAAAAUGCUGAAAUUCUUUUGCAACAUAUGAAUAAUUUAGGAUUAUUCGAACGAUUUGAUGCUUCACCAAUUCUCUUCAUGAAUGGUUCAACAAAGUCCUGUCAAUUUCAAGAGCAAGAUAAAUCUGUUCAAUGUGUUUUCCCCGUGCCAUAUAGUAUUGACUGCUCUGCAACUGUUGAAUCUCUUAUUAAUUCCAUUACUGCUUGUUUACAAGAUAUUGACUUAUCUAUUAACGAAUGUGGCCUAUUAAUAUUAGUAAGAAGAUGUUGGCCAGAUCCAUUUAUGUCUAGAUAUACACAGGAACGAUUAAUUCAUGCUAUUGUUACAUGGGCCUUUGAUGAAGAUGAGCGUUUGUUGGCAUUACAUGCCGAAUUGACCUCGAUUAAUAAAAAUCAUCAAACACAUUAUAAUAAACAGCAAAAUAAAUGGGCUCAAGCAGCUUUGCUUUCUCGUAUGAAAGGUGGAAACAAUACCAGUCAUGACCGUAAUCGACAAAGUGCUUUGCAUUAUAAUACAUUGGCAGGCGUUAACAGUGGUGCAAGUAGUAUCUAUGUUACUACACGUGCAGCAUUGAAAGAUAGAUAUAUUAUACGAUGGUUGGCAGCAAUUCAUGAUAUAAAUGAAGAUGCUUAUACGGAUAUGUUAUUUAAUGUUACAGAAGAUAUAAUCGAUAAUAAACAAGAAGAAUGCACUGUCCCUAACUGGGGUGAAGAGAUAGACAGAAAGAAAUACGUUUUACAAAAAUAUGAGCAAUUUAUAAGAUAUAUUUUAAAGUUAAAAACAAAUGGUUUUACGUUCACCUCAUUUGAAAAUCUUUUACAAAAAUGGCUUGAUCGAACGUAUACAGAGUUUAACGAUCUAGAUAUAUUGAAUAAUAAAGAGCCUGCAGAAAUCCGACAUUUAGUAAAACUAUGCUCCUCAAGGGCUCCUAUCUCUAAAAUUCCAGGAAAACCAACAUCGCAUUUAGAUUCUGCUAAUCCAAUAGACAUUAUAAUGGCUCAAUUCAGUGCAGGGGAUACACAAAGUAUAGAGCGUGGUAUGCGUUGGUUAACAUUGAUUAUACAUUCAGGCGCGGGUAUUCCCUCAAAUUCAUUAUCCCAGAUUGCAAGAUUAAUCGUUGUAGCUCGCACUCCUUUAGAUAUUACUGCUGAAUUUGUGAAAGCAAUCUGGUUUCAGGCUGUCAAUAACAUACAUAUACCAACAUCUCGUGCUACUGUUAUUGAUAUUAUUGGUUACUUAAAUGAGAUUGCUUUAGAUACAUUAAAAUUAAAUAAUGAAAGCCAAACCCUUUCUGAUGCAAGCUUAUUAAGUGCACAAACUUUUAUUAAAUAUUCCGCAGCACUUGCUUGUUAUGCUUUUGAAUGCCCUCAACAAAACAUUGAAGAACUAGGUAUUGUACCCUACUCUGGAAACCAUAUCAUAAAUGAAACAAAUAGACGUUCAGCUGUACACAUGGAAUCCUCAACAUUAUCAGCAGCAAAUGAAAAGACGCCGCUAAUUAAGUGUAUGCUUAUUUACUUACAAUAUGAUCAACUUAAUGUCCGGGAAGCUAUCAUAAAAAUGUUUUAUGCUUUAUGUUAUUGGGGCUAUGGAAUGAAUAAUAAGAAUGAGUUUAUAGCUAAAUGUAUGCCGCAAUUAAUACCUUCAAUUUGGGAAUUACUCACGCCUACUUAUGAUUACCUGAGUAGUAUAAAUUUGGGUUUACUUAUGAAAAUAAUUAGUAUUGAUGUGAGAUAUUUCCAUGCUUGUGUCUUUAAAAUAUUUGAAGAUGCAAACUGGGAAGUCAGGGCCUGUGUUUAGCUACUUUGUUGGAUGUCUAUGGGAUAAGGAGCCUAUGCGUUGAUAAGA